GCGUCUUUAUUUACCCUUAGUUUUAGAAAGUGAAGCACCUUCAGUGGACUCACUCCGACACGGAUCAUGAUUAGCCGGCUCCCCAAAUGAUGUUAUUUAUAAAGCAAAGAGAAAAUUAACAUUAAGAUAAAAUAAAAGGACAGCCCAGUUGGAAUUAAAAGAACAAAAAUAUGGUUUUUCUUUGUGAACCCAACAGGAAAGGGGUAACCGGCGGUGUUUAAAAAGCGCAGUGAGAAAAAAAAAAACAAACAAACUGAAGGAUACUUUUUUUUCCAUAUUUACAACUGAUCAAUUUUAAGGAAGCAAAAAAACAAAAAAAAAAAGAAGGUGAAAAAGUGAAAACUUGAAUCUGGGAAUUUGCGCACUCGAGUGCGGGAGAGCAGCAAAGGGUUAAAAAAGGGAGAAAAUUGGAAAGUGUCUCAGUAUGGAAGAAAAUGAUCAGAGCAACAGAGAAGCGGAGCGUCCGGAGUCCGGGGAGCCGUCCGAGUCCAGAGCCGCGAUGCCCCCGCUGCAGGCACCGGAGAACCCGCAGCUGCCGCACCUCCCGCACCUCCCGCACCUCCCGCACCUCCCGCACCGCAUCACCAACUUUUUCAUCGACAACAUCUUGCGGCCGGACUUCGGGCGCAGAAAGGAGGGCGCCGUCGACGAGAGCGGCGUGGCCAGGAGGGAGAACCACAGCCCCACGGCCCCCGGACCCGGGCAGGUAGGAGGGACGGUAGCGGGGGAGGGGACCUCCAGCUCUCCCCCGGUCGCAGGGGCGAAGAAGGCGGACAUCGGCGCGGAGCAGCACGCCAAGCCCCGCGGUGGGACUGCGGAUCAGUGCCUGAGCUCGGACUCGGACAGCUCCCAGGCGAGCUCCACGCUGCCCUCGAAUCAGCCCAUGCUGUGGCCCGCCUGGGUGUACUGCACCCGUUACUCGGACAGGCCUUCUUCAGGACCACGAUCUCGCAAACCAAAGAAGAAAACGUCCAGCAAGGAGGACAAGCGUCCGAGGACGGCGUUCACGGCCGAGCAGCUGCAGCGCCUCAAGGCCGAGUUCCAGACGAACCGCUACCUGACCGAGCACCGCCGGCAGAGCCUGGCCCAGGAGCUGAGCCUCAACGAGUCCCAGAUCAAGAUCUGGUUCCAGAACAAGAGGGCCAAGAUCAAGAAGGCGAGCGGGGCCAAGAACACGCUGGCGCUGCACCUGAUGGCGCAGGGACUGUACAACCACUCGACGGUGACCACCAAGGAGGACAAAUCAGACAGCGACUGACAUCCAUCCCCCCCAAGAGCACCUGAACACUUGACACAAUGCAAUAAUCUCAGAAG